AUGGUCAACCUCUGCUACUACGAUGAAAGCCUCAGUGUACUCUACAACGUCACUUUAAGCCUGUCACAACAGGAAAAGAAAGCGUUAAUGGAGCAUCUUGAUUCUGAUAAAGCAGUCCUGUCGAUAGGUCGAGUUAGACAGUGGAGCGCGGGGACAAACGACAACCUGGCACUUAUGAAAAGAUGGAGGGAUCAGUUCAGACCAGAGCCUUUCCACCACAGCUCGAAGCUUGUUCAGGGUCUUCGAGCAAUUGGGCGAACGGAAAUUGCAGAUGAAGUCUUGGGAGGGUCAAGUAAGUGUAUAUGUUGCAGAGCCGGUACAUCGAGAACUGAAGCAAUGCCGACUGAUGACAUGACAAGCCUAAGGUUGAAGAGGAGAGGGACCAAAGCCAAGUUCACCAGGUUGGGGAAUGUGUUGGAUUUCCUGAUAGAGGAAAAGCGGCCGGUGGAAGAGGUGAAGGAAGCUUUCAAACAAGCCAACCAGGCUUACGUAGACCUCCAAUCCAAACACGAGGCCUAUACAGAGAAGAUUGAGAACGAUGAAGAAUUCAACAAGGAGGAGCUAUGGCUUGAUGAGUGCCAGAAUUAUUUCUGCAAGCUACAGAUCCGAGAGAAGGAUUAUAUCUCUCAGAUGUCUUCGUCGCAAGAGCCUCAACAACCAACAGAGAGAGAUGAGGAGAGCUCCCAGAGAAUUAUUGUUCAAGCAGAGUCGAACCGGCCUCAAGCUCCUCGCUUCAACAUGGAGAGGCCCAAGUUACCAACGUUCCAAGGAGACAUAAGAGAAUACAAUGUAUUCAAGGCUGAUUUUCAGCAUGUAAUACAUCCACACUACGAUGAGAGGGAUGCUUUGAUGAUCCUGAGGUCUUGUUUGAAGGGGAAGCCACUUCAACACAUUAGAGGAAUAGGGCGAGAUUAUGAAGCUGCAUGGGGUCAGCUAGAUCUGCUCUACGGAGACUCAAGGAUGGUAGCUGAUGCUAUUAUGGAAGACGUAUCCCGAUUUCGUCCUCUGAAAGAUGGGGAAGAUGAGAGAUUCUGUGACUUUGUGAAUCUCAUACGCAGAAGUUUCAAUACCUUGAAGGAGGUAGAUAGAGCUGAGGAUAUGAACAAUAGUCACAUGCUAGCCAUCAUUGAGAAGAAGCUCUAUGUCACAGAUCGACAGAUGUGGUUCCGAAAGCAAGGAGAAGGAACAACGGCGACAUUAGAGGCACUGUUGAAGUGGAUGGAGAUUGAGUUGAGAGCAAGGAUAAGAUCAUCUGCUCCAGUAAGGAAUGAUGCAGCCUCUAAGUCCAGAUCCGCUGUUAGUCAGGUUACAGCAUUUGAGGAGAGACAGCAAGACUAUCGUUGCUGGAUCUGCAAGAAUAAGGAUGGGCACUGGACUGACCAAUGCAAGACUUUCCUCGAUAAGUCGACAGCGGAGAGAUUGGAGAUGGUGAAGAGUAACCGAGCUUGUUAUAGCUGUUUGAAGCAAGCCGGCAGAGAGCAUCGAAUGGCUACUUGCAAGAAAAGGAGACGGUGUCCAGAGAAAUACAAGGGGCAACCAUGCAAGUUCUUUCACCAUCCUUUGUUACAUCCCAGCAUGGACAACAAUGCGGUGGGAGUAGCCCUUGUAAGAGGUACUGAAGCCAUGCUACCCGUCAUCAGGGCAAGGUUUUCAGGUUCAGAGCUGAAGAUCCAAGGAAACGUGCUGUUAGAUUCAGGGGCCCAGAUCAGCAUCAUCAGACAAGGGCUCGCUGAAGACUUGGGACUGACAGGAAAGAGCAUCAGUAUCACAAUAACCAAGGUGGGCUGUGUAGAGGAAUCUGUGACAACAUCCUUGUAUAGAGUGCCGGUCAGUUCAGUAGGUGGGAAGACAAUCCAUAAGAUAUUAGCUGUUGGAUUACCGUGCAUCAAUGAUGACAUUGAGGAGGUGAACACUGAUAAUCUUGCCCGACAAGUAGGCCUCAACCCCAGAGAGUUACGUAGAGGUAGUGGGUCUAUAGAUCUUCUGAUAGGAAUUGACCACGCUAUGAUGCACGCAGGUGAAACGAGACAACGAGGCAACUUCAUCUUUAGGAAGUCACCACUUGGAUGGGUGGUGUUUGGAGCAUCUAAGCUGAACCAGCAGUAUCAGAAUAGAGUGCUCAACGUGCAACUGAGUCCAGCAACUGACUUAUCAGCGUUUUGGACUACAGAGUCGAUGGGAGUUGAUGUGGGUUGUCAUUGUGAAGCCGAAAGGAUGACUAAAGUAGAGAAAGAUGAACAUGAUCUUAUCUGGAACUCUGCCAAGAAAGUGGGUAAGCAGUGGCUUGUUCCUUACCCAUGGAAGGAUAACCCGGAGAAGCUGCCCGACAACAGAGUGCAAGCAGAGAGAAUGCUUCAGGCGACGGAGAAAAGGCUUGCAAAGAACCCAGAGCAUGCUGAAGUUUACAAACAGCAGAUGCAAGAGAUGGUCGAGAUGGGGUUUUCGAGAAAGCUGACCGAUGAAGAGAAGAAGAGGCAUGAUGGGCCUGUCCAUUACAUUGGUCAUCAUGCGGUUGUCAGGCCGGAAAAAAAGAGCACACCAGUGAGAAUUGUGUUUAACUCAUCAGCAGUUUUCAAGGGACAGUGUCUGAACGACUACUGGUUCAAAGGGCCAGACCUAUUACAGAGUCUGUUCGGAGUACUCCUUCGCUUCAGAGAACACAGAGUUGCGAUAUGCGCCGACAUAUCCAAGAUGUACCACCGAGUACUGAUUCCAGAAUCCGAUCAGCACGUCCAUCGGUACUUGUGGAGAGGAUUAGAUUCAGAGAGAGAACCGGAUGUGUACGUGAAAACUGUAGUCACGUUUGGAGAUAAGCCUGCUGCAGCAAUGGCCCAGAUAGCUCUGAGGAGGACAGCAGUAGAGGGAGAGUCUCAACAUCCUAAGGCAGCAGAAGUACUGAAACGUGACACGUACAUGGACGACAUAUGUACCUCAGUAAGAACGUCAGAGGAGGCGAAAGAUCUUGUCAAGGACAUAGAUAAGGUGCUAGCUGACGGAGGCUUCAAGGUGAAGGGUUGGCAAUCCAACGAACAGCUGAAAGAUGAGACUUCUCAGAUGAAAACCAACGUUCUUGAGAAUCUGAGUGAGGAGAAGGUUCUGGGGAUGGUAUGGAACCAAAACACAGAUGAGUUUUCAUACAGAGUGAAAAGAAGUAUGAUCCCAGAUCUUCCAGACGAACAGAAAGACACCACCAGCAAAUGGACAAAGAGACGGAUACUAAGCCAGAUUGCAAAGAUCUUUGAUCCCAUAGGAUUUGCAUCAGCAUUACUGGUGAAGGCAAAGAUAGGAAUGCAACGCCUGUGGCAGCUUGGUUUAGAUUGGGAUGAAGAGCUACCCUCCAGAGAAAAGGCAGAAUGGGUAAAACUCUUCAGAGAGAUGGAGAACUUAGAUGGAGUGUCCUUCCAGAGAUGUUUGACACCACCCGGUGCAAUGAGACGACCUACAUUAUGUGUCUUUUGUGAUGCAUCUGAAGAGGCGUUUGGAGCUUGUGUUUACAUUCGCUGGGAGUUAGAGGAUGGCAGCUAUGAUGUUAGAUUUGUGACGGCGAAAUCUAGAGUAGCACCACUAAAGAAGUUGACACUGCCGAGAUUGGAGCUACAAGCUGCAGUGGUUGCUGUUAGACUCGAUGCAACCAUCAGAGAUGAGACCACACUAGAGUUAAGAGAGACAGUGUUCAUGACAGAUAGCAUGAUAGUGCUUGGAUGGGUUCGAAGUCAGGCAAGAAGUUUUAAGCCCUUUGUGUCAGCUCGAGUAGGAGAAAUCCAAAGCAAGUCGAAUCCCCAACAGUGGAGACAUGUGAGUGGAGCAGAAAAUCCAGCUGACGACAUUUCGAGAGGUGUUACAGUAGAGAAGUUAGAGAGGUGUAGAUGUGGUCCUCAAUUUCUAAGAUCGCCUGAGGAGGAGUGGCCACAGAGUGAGACGAAAUCUGAGAUUUCGUCAAUGGACAGUGAAAGGCGUAAAGUUCAACAGGUGUCGAAUGUAGUAUUGGCAUCAGACAGCAUCGACUGUGAAAGAGUUUCCAGCUGGAGAAAACUGGUGAGAGUCACUGCAUAUGUACGGAGAUUUACCCACAACAUGAAGGCGAGGGUAAGAUCAGGAGAUGAGAGAGGGAAAGUGACGGCAGGACCACUUACAGCAGCUGAGCUAGGUGAUGCAGAGAUGUACUGGGUCAGAGAGGCUCAGAAACCGCUUCAUGACAGACUGAAGAAAGGGGAGUUCAAGACUCUAACACCCUACAUAGAGAAUGGAAUCAUCAGAGUUGGAGGUAGAGUUGGAGAAGGCGUGAUUUCGUAUGACAGCAGGCAUCCUGUGUUAUUACCUCAUCAGCAUCGCAUCUCUACGCUCAUCACUAAGCAUGUCCAUGAAUUGGGGCAUGAUGGAGUUGCGACAACGGCAGCGAAAGUGAGAAGCAACUACUGGGUGAUUGGCAUACAUAGGCUUGCCAAGACUAUCAAGCACAGGUGCGUGAUGUGUCGUAAGAUGCAGCACAAGGUCGAGUCGCAGUUUAUGGCUGAGCUACCAGAGAUACGUAUGACACCGUUUUCGCCUCCAUUCCUGUAUACUUCUUGCGACUACUUUGGGCCGUACAGCGUGAAGGUGGGGCGGAAUAAGGUUGCUAAGCACUAUGGAGUGAUCUUCACGUGUCUUAACACAAGAGCGGUACACCUUGACCUAGCGGUAGAUGUUUCUACAAUGGAGUUUCUUCAGGUUCUACGUAGGUUUUUCGCAUUUAGAGGUCAACCGAAGGUCAUCCUGAGCGAUAAUGGUACACAAUUUGUGGGAGCGGUACGUGAGCUACAUGAGAUGGUAAAGGGAUGGGAUAGCGAUCUACUACGCGAGUUUUGUGCGGAGAAAGGUGUAGAGUGGAGGUUUACAACCCCUUCAGCUCCUCAUCAGAAUGGAUGUGCUGAAGCACUUGUGAAGAGUAGUAAGUCCGCAUUAAAGAAAGCUAUAGGUGAUCAGGUCCUCACUCCUUUUGAGUUAUAUACUUGUUUGGUAGAAGUAGCAAACCUCGUCAAUCAGCGUCCAAUAGGGAGGGUACCGAAUGACCCCGACGAUGGUAGUUAUCUCUGUCCCAAUGAUGUUUUGUUAGGGAGAGCAUCCAGUAGGGUACCCCAGGGUCCGUUCAGAGAAACGAAGAAUCCGCGACAUAGAGUCGAAUUUGUACAACGAAUCGUCGACUCAUUCUGGAAGGCAUGGAAUCGCGAUGUAUUUCCAAUCUUAGUACCGCGAAAGAAGUGGAAUGUUGAUAGACGUAAUCUUCGUGUAGAUGACAUAGUUAUAUUGUCAGAUCAGAACGCUCUUCGAGGAAAAUGGACAUUAGGGAGAAUUGUUGAAGUUUUUCCUGGAACUGAUAAUAAGAUCAGAAACGUGACAGUAAAGACGGCAAAUUCAGAGUAUAGAAGGCCAAUAAACAAAGUGGUCGUAUUAUAUCCAGCAGAAGGAUACGAAGAGUAGAUUGAACCGAAAUAUGUCUGUCUAUAGUAUUCACAGAAUAACAAAUUUAUUCACUUUCUAUGUUCUUGUUCAAAAUCAACUUUUUCCAGCUUUAAGAAGAUAGAUGAUAACAAAGCUUUGUUGGUGCAAAUUUCAAUUUUUGCUAUUGUUACAUGGGAAUUGACUUUUGGCACAGUUCACACUGAGAACAAAAUUCAACAGUUUGAAAUUAUGUACAAAGUUUAGUACAUUUUGAAUACAUUUUUUGUAUUUGAAAUUUUGAGUGAUAUUUGCCAUUUAUUAGCAAAUUCAGCAAAGAAAGUUUGCAGAGAAAAGUUGAUUUUUAUGAUUAUGUAUACAGGAAGCAAACUGGUAUGGAAUAUCCAUUCGAUAUUUUUGGACAGGAAAUGUAAAUUUGUGUAUUUUCUUGCAACAAUUGUUUUUUCAGGUUCGUGCAGGCUUGCAGAUACCUUUUCAUUAGCCUUGCUAAUAGUUUGGAUGGUAAUUUAGACUGUUCAAGUGUUAAUUACGUAGAGUGAGAAGAAGUAUUUUUCACAUCUUAGCUAUGAGUCAUUUACAGAUUUUGGAGUGAAACACUGAAGAAAGUAUUUUGUUCUAUUUUUAAAUGAGAAACAUUGCGUACUUUUAUGAAAAUGAUGUCAAUUUUAUUGUUGCCCUCAUUGGGGGGAGGUUGUUUCAGCGAAACAUGAAAGUUAUUUGUUUUUUCCAAGAUUUUUGCAAGAUACCGUAUUGACCCUGACCUACUUCUAGGGUCAAGUAAGUGUAUACGUUGCAGAGCACAUUUUUCCACGGAUGUGGUCUGACAUAUCAUUUCAGAUGCUUAUUUAGAGGCCAGAAUUCCAGGUUUAGGAAAAUGGCAACGGUAUUUCAGAGUCGCUAGCAAUUUCCGCAAAACAAGUUGAAUAAAAUAGCUCAACUGGCAUAUCGUUGAGUUCAUAUACAACCAAG